UCAGCAACUAAUGAACAUUUGAUAUGAUUCACAGAUUAAGUAAUCAAUAAAUUGUUAUCAGUUAAAUGCGUCAUAAUCAGGGUUCUAAAUUAACACCCGCCAACCCGCCAAAUGCGGGUUAAAAUUCAUUUUGGCGGGUGUUAAUAAAAACUUACUAGCCAGUUUGGCUGGUGAUACAUGAGACAUUCCAUGCAUGAUACAUAAGGCUCUGUUCUCUCGGUCGUUUAUCCCCCUGGUAGCACUUCCUACAUUUCCCAUGAACACUGUGCCGUAAAUAAUGCUACGCGAUGACGUUUCAUACGCCCAUUGGCUGCGCGCAGUUUGCAGUGAAACCAGCGCGAGAAACCAUGGAAACGAACGGACGAACUAUCUGAGCUGCCUUUCCUCCACUCAGGCUGUCAUAGAAAAGUACAAGUCAAGACCUGGGCCUAAGCUGAGAGCAGUGCUGGACACAGACACCUAUGAGGGAGUCCUCCUGAAGCCUACUGAUGCCGACCAGCAUGGCAAGGCAAAGAAUGAGCUAAUCAAUUCUCUGUGCCGGUGCAUCACUGCUAGAUUUAGUGAUGUGAACAGUGGUGUCCUGCAGGCGAUGCGGCUGACCAGUUUCAAGUGCUGGCCAGAGGCAGACACGAGUUCAGAUUUUGGUGAUGAAGAGGUAAACGAACUCAUCAGUCACUUCCGACCUCUUUUACUGUCUGCUGGAGUGGAUGUGGAGUUGAUCCCUGAUCAGUGGACAAUUCUCAAGACUGAACUGUACACAGCAGGAUUUAGCCAAGGAAUCUUUGAGAAGACCUGGCCUGCUGUGAACAGAAUGCUGCGCCAUCGGUGCCCUGAUGUCCUUGAUCUUUUUGAUGCUCUCCUCACCAUCCCUGCAACUACAGCUGACUGUGAAAGAGGGUUCAGUGUUAUGAAGCAGGUAAAGAGUGACUGGCGCUCACGCCUAAAAGGUGAGACCCUCUCUGACCUCCUUAAAACUCAGUUGUGCUCACCUGACAUCAAAGACUUUGAUCCAAACAAAGCAAUUGACAUCUGGCAUGCUGACAGUUUGCGCUCACGCAGGCCUGAGUUUGUGCGCAAGCAUGGAAUAAAAGGAACAGAGUGUGCCUCAGAUUCUGAUGGCACCUCUGAAGAAGAAGAGCUCUAAAGACAUUCAAAUGAUAGAUAGAUCCCAAACUUAAAAUGAAAUGUUUGCACUUUCUGUUUGUUGUAUGCAUUGUACUUUAAAUGUGUUUUUCAUGCCAACAAUGCUAAUAAAAUGAUCAAAUUCAUUCAGUGGCACUCAUAAUUUCUCUUAUUUUCACCGAAAAAAAUUUGGCUAGUGGAAAUUCUGAUUGGCUGGUAACUUUAGAAAGUUACCAGCCACAUUGGCUGGUGAUCAAAAAAGUUAAUUUAGAACCCUGGUCAUAAUAUAUUAACUACCUAAUAACUUAUUUUAUUAACUAAUGAAGUAAAUUCAUAUGUUAAUUAUCACAUUGGGUCGAAGCCAUGCCUUUAAACUUCCAGUUGUCUGCUUUAAUUAAUCAUUAGCUAAUGAUUUGCUAAGGUAUCAUUAUGUUAUGACUUUACUUGUUGAGGCACAUGACUAACUAACUAAUUCAAAAUCU